AUGACAUAUAUACCCCUAGAAAAUUAUGAUCCUAUGGAUAUCGAUAUAAUCGAAAAAUUACAAACAUGUAAUAAUAACCGCACGUUAUUCUUCAACUCGCAACAACCACGUUUGCCUAAUCAUCCUAAUCUUGAUAUACCUAAUCUUGAUUUCAUAACAUUUGACAGCGAAUCAAAUGAAGAAAAACAAAUGUUAGUUGAGGAAAAUAAACAAAUUUCAACGGAAAACGAGCAAAUUAAAAAUCAUCUUAAGGAGCAAUAUAAACAAAUUGAUGUCUUGAAUAAUCAAAUCAGUAAGUUAAUACUGGAGAUUCAAGAAAAGAACGAAUUUAUUUACGAACUAAAACCUUAUAAAGAUAUUUUUUCAACGUCUGAAAGAAAACUUGAAUCUUAUGACCGUGAUAAUAAGCAAAAAAAUGAAGAAAUACAAAUCUUAAAACGUGAUAAUAUGCAAAAAAAUGAUGAAAUACAAACCUUAAAGCGUGAUAAUAUGCAAAGAAAUGAUGAAAUACAAAUCUUAAAGCGUGAUAAUAUGCAAAAAAAUGAUGAAAUACAAAUCUUAAAAAAUAUGCUCAAUGAGAAAGAUAAUGAAAUAAAUGAUCAUAAAGUAGAAAUAUUGUCAUUAGAUGAUGUAAUUAAGGAAAUUAUAGAAAAGACCGAAAUUUUAAAUGUUGAAAUUAAGGAUCUUAAACAAAAGAACAAAACUUUAGAUGAUGAAAAUGGAGAAUGGCAAAAUUAUAUUAGCAAAGCAACAACCUUUUCUUUAAGUGAUAAUGAUGAAAAUCACUCCGUCCAACUUGUCAAAGAUAUUACGAAAUUACAAAGUAUGAUUGAAAAAUAUGUGGGAACUUUGAGACAGGUUGACAUAGAUUUUGGCGAAGUAAAUAAGCUAUUAUACUCCUAUGGGUGUAAAACAGAAGUAAAAUCUAUCCAAGAAAACGAAUUACCACUUGUAAAAGCUGUUUUACAGCGUCAUGUAUUUUAUGAACUCAAAAAAAAUGCAGAAUCUCAUUUAAGAAAUGAAUGUUUGGAAGCAAAAAUUUAUCAUCAUUCCAAGAAAAUUUUUAAUUUAUUAAAUGAAUGUGCAACAUCACGUGAUGGAACCAACGAUAUAACAAAAGCUUUACCUAUUAAAAUACGUCAACAAAUAUUUGGAUUUCUCGGCAAUCUUGGAUUUGCAGACACAAAUAAACAAGUUAAUGUCAUUAUACAUUCUAUGAAAAACCAGUUAAACGAAUCAAUUAACAAAAUUCGAAAGAUUAAAAGUCCACAAAAGAAAACAUUACUCGAUGAUAUGGCAACCAAUUUAGUGCGAGAAUUCAUUAGAAUAAUUUUUUUCCGCUUGAAGGUGCAAGAGCCAAUUCCAAUACUUACUUGGUUUCCAUAUAAUGUAAAAAUAGAUCCGAAAAUAAUGAAAGGGAGAUGGGUUUCCAAUUUUGGUAAUAGCAAUCAAAUACUCUAUACACAUGCAAACGUUGUUCAUCAAUUUAAAAGAUCACAUGACACCACCAAUAAAGGCAUAAUGACUACUACUUUCAAUUCUAUUAAAAAUUACUUGAUUCCCUCUAAGAAUAUGAGUGAAGACAGUAAUAAUAAAAUUUCUACUUCUAAAUCAGCAACCUCUAAUCAAAAAAGAACUAAUGAUCAAAAUGGAAGAAAUAAAAAUAAUCAAAAUUAUGAAUUUGAAAAUGGUAAUAUUAAUCAAAAUGAUGAUGUUGAAAAUGCUAAAGUUUUAGAUAGAAAUCAAAAUUAUGAAGGAGGAAAUGGUGAAGGUGAUAAAAAUUAUUAUCGUAAUGUUAAAGAUGGUGGCAAAAUACGAUAUGGUAAAGAUGGAGGAAACAACCAAAACGGUAUAGAUGGAGAUAACAAUCAAAAUAGUAAAGAUUUAAUCAUCAAUAAAAAUGGUAGAGAUGGAGGCAAUAAUCGAAAUAAUAAAGAUGAAAAUAGCUAUCGAAAUGGUAAAAAUGGAAGUAACAACCCAAAAGAUAGAGAUGGAGAUAACAAUCAAAAUGUUAAAGAUGAAGAAGGUAACAAUCGAAAUGACAAAGAUGGAGAUAACAAUAGAAAUGGUAGAGAUGGAGGUAACAAUCGAAAUGGUAAAGACGGAGGAAAUAACAAAAAUGGUAAAGAUAGAAAAAAUAAUCCAAGUAGCAAAAAUGGAAGUAGCAAUCUAAAUGAUAGAGAUGGUAGAGAUGGAGAUAAUAAUCGAAAUGAUAUAGUUAGGAAAGAUGGCGGUAACAACCAAAAUAGUAAAUAUGGAAGUAACAAUCGAAUUGGUAAAGAUGGAAGUAACAAUCAAAAUGGUAAAUAUGGGGAUAACAAUCUAAAUGUUAAAGAUGAAGGUAACCAUCGAAAUGGCAAAGAUGGAGAUAACAAUAGAAAUGGUAGAAAUGGAGGUAACAAUCGAAAUGGUAAAGACGAAUGUAAUAACCAUAGUGGUAAAGAUGGAAAUAAUAAUAAUAGCAAAGAUGGAAGUAGCAAUCUAAAUGGGAGAGAUGGAGGUGUAGAUAACAAUCGAAAUGAUAAAGGUGGAGGCAAUAACCAAAAUAGCAAUGACGGAAGUAACAAUCGAUUUGGUAAAGAUGGAAGUAACGAUCAAAAUGGUAAAGAUGGAGAUAAUAAUCAAAAUGGUAAAGAUGGAAGAAACAAUCGAAGUGUUAAAGAUGGAGAUAACAAUCAAAAUGGAAAUGGCAAAAAUGGAGGUAACAAUCGAAAUAGUAGAGAUGGAGGCAGCAAUCAAAAUGUAGGUAACAAUAAAUACGGUAAACAUGGAAGUAAUCAUCGAAAUGGUAAAGAUGAUGACGAUCAUAAAGGGAGGUAUUAA